AUGAAAACUUCGCUUGCGGAUCUUCUGCGAAAGCCACUUCUACGGCAUGCAUUUGAUCCCCACGAGCGAGGCAGCAAUUUAUCCGGAGACCGGGACAGGCAAGGAACGGUAGACCAUGGUCAGAAUCACGCUCAUUGUGUGCAGACCCACCAUUCAUCACCCAGCUCUGCAAGCGGGGAAUGCAUAAAAAUGGAGCCCGCUCAGAGCCAUAAAAAUCAAGUGGAUCCUGAGGACCGGCUGCAGCCGCGCUCAGAUGGUCCAAAACCGCCACAGUCUCAAGAAGCCGGUGUAUGCCUUACUUAUCAAUUGCCAUACCUUUCAUUUGGAAAAAGAAUGAUAAAGGUGUUUCCAAAUCUCAACAUUACUAACGCUCACCGUGAAUUCAUGGUUCUCUACGAAUUUGACUAUCGAUUGACAGAAUUUUCGCUCAUAACGUACCUGACCCAAAAGAGACGAGCAUUCCUCAGCGAAGUGGACCUUUAUGCAGAAACAGACUUGGGAUCUCCUGAGGAUGUGGAGGCAUCCCAGUAUCUAAUCCUUGCCAAUCUGAUUUCUAGGCCAAGGUUGCGAGGGUUUUAUCGACCGCUGAAUUCUUACUAUGCUGUUAACUGUCUCCUUUACCACGAUCCACAGCCAGCUAAGACCCUCAAGACGUCGUUUCUUCAAAGCCUACAGCAGCAGUCGUUACUUAACAUGCGAUUUGCUGCUGAGAAGCGGGAAAUGGCUGCUACCCUUAAGCAGAAAAUGCUUUCUUUGACAACCGGGAACUUCAAACUCUCGAUUGUUUGUAGACAUGAAUCGCCCUUGAUAGGGAAAAUAUUUGGCUCUGGCCUACAGAAAUACAUGCUUCCUAGAUCCCAAAUACUGACCACUACUGGAAAGCAAGGGUCCUCGGGAGUUAACAAAUAUUCAAAUCUGCCAGACUUUGCCUUCAAAACGUAUACUGAUGACAUGAUCAAUAGCCUAAUUUACAUGUACUUGCGCCAGUUUGAAAACGUGUAUACAUUAGAAGAUGCCCGGCAAAAGCGGAUUUUCCUGCCACCUGUCUUUUUGACGUUACUGUUGGAGAUAACACGCUAUGAGCUGCAUGUCAUGUCGCGAUUGGGGGUGGAUCCCACCGUGACCCUCGAGACUACAACAAAUAGGAGUACUGUGGAAGCCCAUGAGAUCUCAGCAAUGCUGGACUCUAUUCUCGCUCGAACUAACCCCUCAGACAUAGACCCAGCAUGCACUGUCAAUUACAGCUACCUUUUCAAGACCGAUUCUUUUGCCGAGUCCGGUUCAGCAGAAGCCCAGGAGGCACUAGAGACACUUAUAGAGUCACAUCCCGGCUUUACAGAGCGGCAUAAGGCGCUGCUUUAUCAAGCAGAGCUCGGGCUGAAGUUGAUAGAGUAUAUCUUGAAGAAUACUGGGUACGAGAACAAUCUUCACUUUGAGCAGCGGCUGUACGACCAAGUCCACAUCCAAUAUCCCAUAGAACUCACCACACAGCCUGUAUCCAUUCAGCAUGGUCGAUUAAAGAACUACCAGCUGGACGGUGUGAAAUUCCUCGUGUCUUUGUACCGCUCGAGCAAUGCCAAUCUACAAGAUCUUCAAACUGGGACAGGAAGCUCUGGCUGUCUUCUUGCAGAUGACAUGGGUUGUGGGAAAACAGCGCAAUCCAUAGCCUUUCUGGCGUACUUAUCAGACAAUCGCAUAUCUACCGGGAUGCACUUGAUAAUAUCCCCACUGGCUGUGUCUGACAGUUGGGCCACUGAGUUUCAGACAUGGUUCCCCAACUUCUCUAUUCUUCUCUACAAAGGUGACCAGGAGCAAAGAGCAAAGUAUCGGCGACAUAUCCUGACACUAUCCAAAGGCAACAUCAGCGUGUUAACGGAUUACGGCGGGCCAGCAAUCAAGGAUAAGGAUUCUCGAACAGCAUCUGGCUCAGCUGGGUAUUCUUCAGGCGAUUCCGGCAAGUCCACAAAUCAAAUCCUCUCAAAUAUUAAUGCAAUCGUAACGACCUAUGAGUACGCCAUCAAAGAUCGGAGCUUUUUCAGGCAGAUUGACUUUGACGUCGUUAUUGUUGAUGAAGCGUCAAGAGUUAAGAAUGCACGGGGAAAGCUCAUAGACGUACUAAAGAAGAGUAUCAAUUGUAGGUUUAGAAUCCUGCUCAGUGGAACACCUAUACAGAAUAACCUUCGGGAGUUAUUCACCCUGUUAGGUCUGAUUCAUCCUGCCGUAUUUUGCGAUUAUGAUCGCUUUGAAAGCAUAUUUGGCCAAGUGUUCUCACUGGCACAUACUGGACGUAACUCAGACCUACACCAUGCACACCAUGGCUACCAUGGCUUCAGAAGACGUGCAAGCACUGAUAGCGCGCAGCUGGAGGUAUCCGACAUGAGAACAGGUGCUUCUCCCUCUCUCAGCUCUGUCCAAAUGCAAAGCAUGCAAAGCAUAUCUACUACAACUUCUCAAGCUGUGGGGCGCCGAAGCAAGCGCCAAUGCGGAUCUACUGCAGUCACCUUUGCAGAUGACCUUGGUGAAGAUGAGCUAGACAGCAGCUACUCUUACUCAAACAAGGACAGCAGCGAAGACGAAAAUGAUAAUGAUUCAGAGCUGAGCCGGGUUUCUUCUGUGCCCACAGAGAUGAUGGUUCCGAUAGGGUCCACUGCUAGCUUAAUUGGUGCAAAAACAGCUUCUUCCUUACCAGAACUAACUCAGGAUCUGCCCCAAAACGCUCCCAUUACAAAGGACAACAUUGCAGAGGUCGCCAUACAACUGGCUGAGAACAUCGAUAAGAUAUCUGGCCUGACAAACUCACAGAAGACAUUCAUCGUUGAGAGACUUCACGGUAUUUUGAAACCAUUUCUUCUGCGGCGUGUUAAGACUGAGGUUCUUGCACAACUGCCUCCAAAAGAAGAGAUUAUUAUCCGUGUCCCGCUGUCCGCGUUUCAGCUAUUUUUUUAUAAUUUGGCGAUAGCGAACGGGCGAGCCAUGACUAAUCCAGACUUAGCAUCCUCCCUGCCAGCAAACUUCAUUCGCAACCUUGACAUCUACUUACGAUGUGUUUGUAAUCAUCCAUUUACCGCACUCGAGCAUGAUAAGCUCCAGUUGCUUUAUAACUUUUAUCUGAUGAAAGCCAAAUCAUUUAGUGCUAGGCACAAAGCAGAAAAUACUGACUUUUAUAGGCAGUAUGGGGGAGCAAAGGAGGAGGCAUCGAAGGACGCUACUGCUUCAAUGCCUCCUAAUAACUUUAAUGUUCUGGAAAAUAUGUAUGUUAACGACCAAAUAUGGCGUGUCUCAGGAAAGCUAGAGCUUCUAGAUAACAUUCUUGCAAAGUUGCACAAGACAAGCCAUCGGGUGCUCAUCUUCAGUCAAUUUAAAAAGGUCCUCGACGUCCUUUCUAGUUAUUUGCAUUAUCGCCAGUACAAGUUUGUGCGCUUUGAUGGCAGUGUCAAAGACGUAGACCGUAAUAGCAUGAUUCGGGGGUACAAUAGGGAAGAUAGCAAAGACUUUGUCUUCCUCCUCAGUACACGUGCGGCAUCUCACGGACUAAAUCUCCAAACAGCAGAUACAGUCAUUAUCUUUGAUUGUGACUACAAUGGCACGUAUGAUCAGCAGGCUCAGGAUCGGUGCUAUAGGCUUGGACAGGUCAACCCCGUAAAAGUGUUCAAGCUCUAUUCAAAUACGGCGAUUGAAAGUAAAAUGUUGUCGGUGGCGACGUCAAAACUCAGCCUGGCCACGAUUGUGAUGGACGCGGGCACAUACACCACCAACGCAGGUGAUAAGACCGACGGUACGGCUGGCGCAACAGUGACCGGGGGUGGAGCGCGCAAGAAAACAAAGAUGUCAACGCAGGAGUAUAUCCUCGAGGUUCUUAGUGCCAACUCUGUCGUUCCAGAUGACGUUCACAUACCGACCUCCGAAGAAAUCAAUCGGUAUCUGGCUAGAAACGAUAUGGAGUUUCAAGCCUUUCAAAUGCAUGACAUUGAGACGUCCCUGUACUGGCGGAAAAGAAACUUUGACGAGGACGUCCCUCGGCUGGAUCCAGAGAUUCCAUCUGUUUUUUCUGAGCAGAAGGACCAGAUUUACGAAGAGAUGCGAGAGAUGAAUCUCUUGGAAGAUAAGCAGGAGGUUGUAAUGCCUAACAUGCAGAUUCCUUCAGCAGAGAGCGGCGGUAAGAGAAGCCAUUCUGCUGGUGCUGAUUCUAACAGCACUACCAGCGAUUAUGACGAAGACGACAGCCUAGACGAGGGAUUGCUUGCUUCAGAAACAGAUACCGGGGGGUCACAGCAGCGGAAGUUAGUGCCCAAGGUACUCAAGAAGACACAGUCUAUUAAGAAAUCCAUGAGCCGGUCUCUCACGGCACAAGACCUGUCUGAGUCUGCAGUUUUCAGUUUGUGCAUGCAAGUGGACAAGUCUCUACGAGACGAUCCCGCCUUCCGUAACUCGAUAGUCCUCAGCUCUACAAUUAUCCAGAAGACAUCCGUUGUUCUGACUCCUGUCGUAGAUACCCCUAUAGCCUGCUUUUUAAUCGACCAUGGACACUCAAGUGGUGUCCUGUUUCUUGUCUCGACAAUGGUCGGGAUGGCAGAUCUAUUGCGCCGCGAGGAUGCAUAUAACAACUUAGGGGCUUGCGUAACACAGUACGUAUCGUCAAAUCUUUCUAGUUUGUUUGCAUGUUUCUCUCGACAGAGCUUGGUUAAGCAAUCUGCUGAAUCGGUAAGUCUUGCACAGCACCUUUCUUCGCUGGUCAUGGCCCCGGGCUUUUCAUCACCAGGCAACGCUGGCUCUGGGAGCUGGGACUCAUAUUUGUUUUUGACCGGUAGCGAAUCUAUUUUGCAGACAGCAUACACGUUUCCACUGGCACAGCAGGGCCAUCCUCUCUCUACGUAUCAACUACUUUUCACGAAAGCAGCACUAUUCAUCAUGGCCCUGAAGCUUGAACGGGACGUGUUCCACAACGAUCUACUCUCCUAUCUUACAACUGAUCUAACUAAUGCCAAAAAAUACACCGGGAUAUCCUAUUCCAGUCUGUUAUUUUAUUUCUCAUCUGGAUUGGCUGUUGCGGUGGAGGAGCAGUCUCUUUGUGCUCCAGAUCUCCUGUAUAGUAAGCCUUCAUCUGAGAGUGCUGUUCUAAACGAAUCAGCCGAUACAACCUCUUUAUUCUUGCGAUCAGAUCGAGCAUACACGGAUGUUUAUAUUAAGCUGGAGUCUCUGCCGCAGCUCUCUGGAGAUAUCGAUGUAAUAAGGAGAGGGUAUGCCUGGUACAAUGGUCUAUCACAGUCACAGAGAGACCAACAACCGUCCUAUCUACAAUACUUAUGUAAUGUCAUAGACCAUUGCCGUGUAGGCGCUGCUUCACAAGAUCAAUUGGACCCCCUGCCAAUUUAUGUGCGAAUAACGACUAAUACAGAGAGGCUGCGCUACCUGUACUCUUCUGCACGCAGCAGUGGGGUAACCACAGAUGUUCUUCGUUUACUUUAUGCGACUGUCUCAUUCCACCUGCGCAUAAUGGCCAUCUUCAACUAUCUGAUUCAUCUGAUUGAUCCUCUUUGUGCUCACCCCAGUGAGGACAGCGUUGACGUUUCUUCUACUGUCGCAGGUGACUCUGAACCCGAAUCCGGAAAGGAAGACUCUAGUAAGGCGUUACUCACUUAUCGGAUUCUCUCCCAAUUUUGGAUACUACCAAGCAAAACAGAGCUACCAUCUUAUUACCACGCUAUCCCUUAUCCGCGAUCACUUGCUUACAUAUACUACAAACUGAUAACGCUGUCAUAUUUAUCCCUGCAUGAAUUCGUAGCAGAUAUGCGUCAGAGUUUUAAAAACUGCCUGCAAUUCAAUGAGCGAAGCUCAGCUUUUUGUGAGCAUGCUAAGGUGUGCAAUGAGCUCACUUUCCAGCAAAUCUCUCAGCACUUCCAGUACUGUAAUGCAAGUAGUGUAAUAUCUUGGUUUACCGCCUAUGAACGGCGUCUCAGCGUAGUGAAGAAGGGAUACACUCUGUUAUCUACCUUUGUAGGUUGCGGCAUAUAUGAGUUGCUGAGCCUCCCGAUCACAGAGGGCCCUGGGCCCUUCCAUCUUGAGAUGGAUGGAGAAAAGUGCAAAGGGCUUAUACUCUCCUACGGGUCUGGUGCAGAUAUGGCUGGGUUGUGUGCCUAUGAUAUCUUACGGUACGCCAUAGCUGCAGCUAAGGAGGGUGAAAGCGGCACAGGAAGUACUGUUACAUACCCAGACGCCUCUGUCCGUCACGUCAAGAAGUAG